GAAUCCAUCAUUCACUGAAAGUUGCACAAGUGGGAGCAGCAGUUAAAAAAAAGGUAACCAAACCCUAGGAAUAAUCAAGCAUACUGAUGAAAGCAGGUAGUUAUUAAAUUAAGCGACUCUAAGGAAAGCAGGUAGUUAUUAAAUUGUAUAAAUCUUUGGUGCACACUUGGAUUGUUGUAUCCAAGCAUGGAGACCUCUUCUUCAGGAAGACAGCUUCUAUGGAGAACGUUUAACACCAGGUAACAAAAAUCAUUCUAGAACCAAGUCAGUUCUUAUACCAGGAAUGGUUGAGGGCCACAGGGCUAACACUUCAAACCAGACAUGACAGAGUUGAUCUUGUUGAAACUUAAAAUACUGCACAAUUUAGAGGGUUGAUCCAGACUUCAUCAAAAGGUCAGAUGUAACACAAAUAAGGAACAUCGAUUUCAAGCUUAACAAGUCACAAUGUAGGGCUGAAAACAGGAAAGCCAUACCCUACCAAAGCUGUAAGUGCCAAAACUCGAUUGAACUUUUAAAAUCCAAUAUGAAAAAAUUAGGACAAAUGGGGAGAACCUUUGACAAGCCACUGGUUUCCUGCUCUUGUUAAGGCCACUAGAGCACUACUGGGCCCUCAGAUAAACUCAGGUACUGUAUUCAUUCAUUGUUUGCUGCCCUUUUAUCAUCUAUAACAGCUUGGUUAAUCUCAUCUUUCAAGGGUCCUACCAAGUCUUUUGUUUUGGUUUUAAUUCUUAUAUAGAGAACAACUUUGUAUCUUUGUGUUGGGCAAAUUUUCUUUUGUCUGAUCUAAUUUCCCUGAUGGCUGAAUUUAAUGCUCACUUAUACAGGUUAGUCUUAAUGUUGUUCUCAUCUUUGAUAAGCUUUAAUUUGUGGGUUAGGAUAUUAAAUUUUAAAGUUUGAUAUUUGAAGUACACUGAUAUAUAUCUUCUUCUAAUCUUGUGGGUUGGUGAUGGUGGUGCUACUGGUGGUGGUGGUGAUGCGGGAGUCAGCAUGGAAGCAUGUUAAGUGCCGGCUGGAGUGAUGGUACAGUGGUGGUGUACGACCUUACGUUCAUCCAGUCACCGAUCAUAAUCUGUUCUUCACCUGUGAAUGGCAAGCAUCUUCUUCCAGUUACCCAGAUACGAUGGAUAGAGACAGAUGCACUGGCUGGUUUGUGCCUUUGUUCUGUGUCACUGGAUGGCCAGGUGACCCAGUGGCAGGUGACGACAUCAGCUCUCUUACCUUGUGACAUCCUCGACUUGACUACUGAUAACCUUCCUACAUGUGUCAGCCGUCAUCACCCUCCAGCUGGUCAUUCAGGCUUCCACGGGAAGGGGACAUGUAUAGCCUUCAGGCCUGAUGAUGUGACAGAGGUGUUGGUGGGUUUGGACACUGGGUGUGUGUACCAGAUGUCCACCUCAUGUCCCACCCACACCCUCAUCUGCUACACUUCCCACACUGCUGCCGUCAGGACCAUAGCCUGGAACCACCACCACCACCAGGUCUUCAUCUCUUGUUCUCUAGACUGGACUGUCAAAAUCUGGCUUCAGUAUUAUCUGUCUCCCCUAAUGACCUUGGACCUAGGUGGACCUGUAGCUGGUGUUCAGUGGGCGACCUUCAGCAGCAGUGUUUUUGUAGCAGUAACUGACGAUGGCUGUGUCCAUGUGUAUGACCUCUCUGUUAGGAAGACUCACCCACUGUGUUCCCAGAGGCUCCUGCACCGUCGACACCUACUGGUUUCUUGUGUGGCCCUCAACCCUUGGUACCCAAUUGUCCUGGUGGGUGGUGAGAGAGGUUACCUGUUGGCUCUAAAGCUGUCUCCAAAUCUCAGGCAGAUUUGUACCAAUCCAAAAGGUUUUGAUGAGAUUCCUAUUAAGGAUCAAGAAUUGUCUAAGAUAGAAAGACUCAUUUCAGUCAACAAAGAUAUUGUGAUGCAUUCUUUUACUUUUCGAAAGGAUACAAAGACAGAUGACAGUUCUUAAGAAGCUAAGGCAGUACAGUAUUAUUUAAGUUAGAGAGAGAAAUAGGUGACAAAUGUGUGUGUACUGUAUUGCUACUUGGUUCUUCAAAAGUAACUGUAGAACUGCAAGAUAAACAACUGAUGAUAUUAAGAGUGAGUAACAUUGUCUUGAGUGAGCCUACUGUCUUGGGAACUUCUCACAAUAAAAUGGGUAAAAAAAUUUUUUUAAAAGAAUUUAAAUACUUUAUCAAAUAAUAGAAGGGUUAC